AUGGCAUUAUUGAUUAUACUGAUUACCUGCUUUGUGAUUAUCCUUGCAACUUCCCACCCUUGCCAGACCCCUGAUGACUUUGUGGCUGCCACUUCUCCAGGACAUAUCAUAAUUGGAGGUUUGUUUGCCAUUCAUGAAAAAAUGUUGUCCUCAGAAGACUAUCCCAGGCGACCACAAAUCCAGAAGUGUGUUGGACAACAUAAAAGGAAAGAGGAUCCUCUACAGGUAACACUGAUUUUACAGAAGCCAGGCUCGUACAAUGCAGCCAAGCAUAGCAACAUCAGAUACUGGGAAGGCAACUCAGGUGUACUGAAAUUUCACUGUGUGUUAGUAUCAAUUUCAACUUUCUCUUUUAAUCUUAACAAGAAUCCUAUAAUUUUACAGGUGAGUUAUGAAUCAACUGCAGAAAUCCUGAGUGACAAAAUUCGCUUUCCUUCAUUUUUACGGACUGUGCCCAGUGAUUUCUAUCAAACCAAAGCAAUGGUCCACCUGAUUCAGAAAUCUGGAUGGAACUGGAUUGGCAUCAUAACCACAGAUGAUGACUAUGGACGAUUGGCUCUCAAUGCUUUUGCAAUUCAGACUGCAGAAAAAAAUGUGUGCAUAGCCUUCAAAGAGGUUCUCCCAGCCUUCUUCUCAGAUAAUACCAUUGACAUCAGAAUCAAUCAGACACUUGAGAAAAUCAUGGCAGAAGCCCAGGUUAAUGUCAUUGUGGUAUUUCUGCGACAAUUUCAUGUUUUCAAUCUCUUCAAUAAAGCCAUUGAAAGGAAUAUAAAUAAGAUCUGGAUUGCUAGUGAUAAUUGGUCAACUGCCACCAAGAUUACCACCAUUCCUAAUGUUAAAAAGAUUGGCAAAGUUGUGGGGUUUGCCUUUAAAAGAGGGAAUAUGUCCUCUUUCCAUUCCUUUCUUCAAAAUCUGCAUAUGUUUCCCAGUGACAAUAACAAACCCUUACAUGAAUGUGCCAUGCUUUUGUCUGCCUGUGCAUAUGUCAAGGACAGUGAUUUGAGUCAAUGCAUUUUCAACCAUUCUCAGGGGACUUUGCCCUACAAGGCUAACAAGGAGAUAAUAAAAAAGAACUUCUUCCUGAGAAAUGACUUCCUCUGGGAUUAUACUGAGCCAGGGCUCAUUCAUAGUAUUCAGCUUGCAGUGUUUGCCCUUGGUUAUGCCAUUCGAGAUCUGUGCCAAGCUCAAGACUGUCAGAAUCCCAACGCCUUUCAACCAUGGGAGUUACUUGAUGUGCUGAAAAAUGUGACAUUCACUGAUGGAGGGAAUUCAUUUCAUUUUGAUGCCCAUGGGGACUUAAAUACUGGAUAUGAUGUUGUGCUCUGGAAGGAGAUCAAUGACCACAUGACUGUCAACAAGAUGGCAGAAUAUGAUCUGCAGAAUGAUGUCUUCAUCAUCACAGACCAAGAAGCAAAAAAUGAGUUCAAGUAUCUUCAGCAAAUUCAAUCUAAAUGCUCUCCGGAAUGCAGUCCUGGACAAAUGAAGAAAACUACAAGAAGUCAACACAUCUGCUGCUAUGAAUGUGUAAACUGUCCUGAAAAUCACUACAGUAAUCAGACAGAUAUGGAUCACUGCCUUUUAUGCAACAACGAAACUCACUGGGCUCCUGUAAGGAGCACUACGUGCUUUGAAAAGGAAGUGGAAUAUCUCAACUGGAAUGACUCCUUGGCUAUUCUGCUCCUGGCCCUCUCCCUACUGGGAAUCAUAUUUGUUCUGGCCAUUGGCAUAAUAUUUACGAGAAACCUGAACACGCCCGUUGUGAAAUCAUCUGGAGGAUUAAUGGUCUGCUAUGUGAUCCUCCUCUGUCAUUUCCUCAACUUUAUCAGCACGGGCUUUUUCGUUGGAGAACCACAAGACUUCACAUGUAAAACCAGGCAGACACUGUUUGGUGUGAGCUUUACUCUCUGCAUCUCCUGCAUUUUGAUGAAAUCCCUGAAAAUUUUGCUAGCCUUCAGCUUUGAUCCCAAGUUGCAGAACUUCCUAAAGUGCCUCUAUAAACCGAUCCCUAUUAUCUUCACUUGCACAGGUAUCCAAGUUGUCAUUUGCACACUCUGGCUAACCUUUGCAGCACCUGCUGUAGAGGAGAAUGUCUCCUUGCCCAGAGUCAUUAUCCUGGAAUGUGAGGAGGGAUCCAUACUUGCAUUUGGCACCAUGCUGGGCUACAUUGCCAUCCUUGCCUUCGUUUGCUUCAUAUGUGCUUUCAAAGGCAGGAAAUUACCUGAGAAUUACAAUGAAGCCAAAUUCAUAACAUUUGGCAUGCUCAUUUACUUCAUAGCUUGGAUCACAUUUAUUCCCAUCUAUGCUACCACAUUUGGCAAAUACUUGCCAGCUGUAGAAAUUAUUGUCAUUUUAAUAUCUAACUAUGGGAUCCUCUGUUGCACAUUCUUCCCCAAAUGUUAUGUUAUUAUUUGUAAGCAAGAAACUAACACAAAAUCAGCCUUUCUCAAGACUAUUUACAGUUACUCUUCCCACAGUGUGGACGGACUUGCCAUGAGUCAUGCUUCACUGGACUCCCUUAACAGCAAUAUCACAGUGGCCAAUCCCAGCUCUAGUGGCAAGUCUGCAACCUGGCAGAAAGGCAAAGAUCUUCAGGCACAAGCCUUUGCACACUUGUGCAGAGUAAAUACCACAAGUAUUUCUAAAUCUUUCCCUCGAAAAAGAAUUUCAAGUAUAUGA